AAAUUUAUCAUUCCCUGAUAAAGGAAAUUUUAGGUGUCCUUAUUUUAGAGGUACAAAUGAUGUGGGGUCAGAUGUCUUUAUGUUUGAAGAUGCUUCCAUAUUUGGGUUUGUUUCUUCAGAACUCUUCCCUAAAAAUGUGUUCUUAGGUUCAUGAGCAUAAAUAUUUUUAGGCUCCUGAAACAUGAACACCUACAUCUAAUGGAUCUUUAUGAUUCUCAACUGGUGUUUAACCCAGUGACCUUAGUCAUUCAGUGACUGUUUGAUGAAUGAACAAAUGACAGAAACAUGACCUCAUGCUUCCUAGUCCUCUCGCGGGGAUUCCUCUCUUGCACGCAAGGGAGGCUAAUCCACUCUCUGUGGCAUCAUCACAUCUACCCUCUCCAUGUGGUUAGAGCAGCUGAGGAGGCACAGGAGUUUCAGCUCUGUGGAAAAGAUGGAGCUGGACAGUUCACGUAUAGAUCAGUUACUAUGGAAAGGGACCAGCUAAGAAUAGCCCCAGGUCAACACACACUCUUCUCUCUCCUGCUCUCAGAGGAAACCAUUUCCUCACAAGAAACCAGAACAAGUCACGAGUUGUGGGCUGAAACUUAUAGCUCAGAAAAGCUAUUCUUGGAUAUCCUGAGCCCCUGUGGUUGCCCGGGACCUUGAGUUGUGCAACAUCCAGCAUGACAGUACCACCAUGCUUAAAAAUUUCCCUCCUCACCCCCAGAUUCCAUUUCCUCAUCCGCGAAGUCCGCCUAUAAAGAUCAGGGGAGAUGGCUUCGCACUCCAGAAGGACGCAGCCAGCAGCAAGAGCUCACUCUCAUCUCUGCUCUCUUGACGCUCAAGCCCACACUCCACCCGCUCAGCAUCAUGAAGGUCUCCGGGGCUGCCCUCGCCGUUCUUCUCUGCACCAUGGCCCUCUGCAGCCAGGUCUUCUCUGCGCCAUAUGGCGCGGACACACCGACUUCCUGCUGCUUCUCCUAUAUCUCCCGGCAGUUUCCACGCAAAUUUAUAGCCGACUAUUUUGAGACCAGCAGCCAGUGCUCCAAGCCCGGUGUCAUCUUCCAAACCAGAAGAGGCCGGCAGGUUUGUGCUGACCCCAGUGAGGCCUGGGUCCAGGAAUACGUCAGUGAUCUUGAGCUGAACGCCUGAGUGGCCUGGAAGGAACCUGGUGACCUUGGCGGGCCGAUGGGGAGCAGGGGCCUGAGCCUUGGAAACACCCUUGUAACCUCCACAGCUACCUCUCCUAUGGGCAGGCUGUCGCCAACCCAUACUCUGGGACUCUUCCUAACUUAAAUGUAUAUUUAUUUAUACUAUUUAAUUUUCGUAAUUUAUUUAGAAUGUCACUCUGUGUUUGGAACUCUUUGCUCCAAGAGAUCUCAGGAUACCUCCUUCAGCACCCUUCCCCUCCUCUUUCAUUUGCACUGUGAUUGGUGACAAUUAAGGAACUGUCAUCAGUUUGUUCUAGACAGAGGUGGCACCAAAGCCACCAGACUGACAAAUAUGUAUUAAAUCUUUCUGUUCAGUGCUGCGCUCAGCCCAGAGAAAUAAUAAAGAUGCUCUUUUAAAAAGUAAACUG